AGAUUCUAUGAACUACUCUUGAUUUUGGAUGUGAAGCGGAAAGAGCUGCGAUGACCUAAGAUCGAAAAGAACCUUUUACAAAAUGAAGAACUGAGAAAAAUCGAAGAUGCGUAAUGAAAUUCUGCUUCAAAACUUCAACGAAGAGGCGGUGAAGAAGAAAAUGAGUACUAUACUCAAAAGUGUUAUUUUCAAAAGUUUAUAAAGUACUUGUAAUAAUGUGCGAAGAUACCGAGUCACUGAAAUACACUGCGUGUAAGGUUGGCGGCCGGAUUGUCAGUGAAACGGAGAUAAAACGAGCCAGAUAAAGGCCACCCCAUAUGGAUCGCGAAAAUUUAACCCACCACGCGGCAGUGAACGCGACUGUCAACGUGACCACCAACGGCACAGUCGCGGAGACAGACGACGAUGACUUGACGCAGAGCAUAUUCUUCAAGCUGAGGAUCACGGUGUUGCUGCUCAUCGUCAUCAUGGCGGUGCUGGGCAAUAUGCUGGUCAUAGUCAGUGUUAUGAGGCACAGGAAACUCCGCGUAAUCACCAACUACUUCGUGGUCUCCCUCGCGUUCGCCGAUAUCCUAGUGGCCAUGGUGGUAAUGCCGUUCAACUUCAGCGUCCAAUUCUACAAUAGCUGGCUCUUCGGACCAACGAUAUGUGACCUCUGGAACUCCUCCGAUGUAUACUUCACUUCCACGUCGAUUCUACAUCUGUGUUGCAUAUCGGUGGAUAGGUACUACGCUAUUGUGAAGCCCUUGAAGUAUCCUAUUAAGAUGACGAAGAAGAUGGCAUUCAUCAUGUUAGCAGCAACAUGGUUAAGUCCAAUCACGAUAUCCUACGUCCCAAUAUUCAUGGGCUGGUACACAACGAGUGAUCAUCUAAAAGUCCAAAAAGCUGACGAGUGCGAAUUCAUAGUCAACAAGCCAUACGCCGUCAUAUCCAGCUCAAUAUCUUUCUGGAUUCCUUGUACCAUAAUGCUGUUCACAUACUACGCUAUAUUCCGAGAAGCGAAUCGACAGGAGAAAAACCUUCACGCCAGAGCUGGCAAUGCUAUGCUCAUGCAUAGACAUUCUCGAGAAGUGGGCGACAAAAAUGGCGCCUUACACAUAAACGCUACCACUCCGACAAAGGAUAGAAAUAUCCUCAAAAUGAAGAGAGAACACAAGGCAGCUAGGACUUUGGGCAUUAUCAUGGGAGCCUUCAUCCUCUGCUGGUUACCUUUCUUCCUAUUCUACGUGUCAACGUCAUUGUGUGACUCGUGCCGGUGUCCCGAAGUCGUCACAGUGAUCAUGUUCUGGACUGGUUACUUCAACUCAGCGUUGAACCCAAUCAUUUACGCGUAUUUCAAUAGAGACUUCCGUAAUGCGUUCAAGAACACUUUAGCUUGUGCGUUCUGCAGUUUUUGUAGGAGAAGUGCUUCGGACCUUGAUGCUCUAGAGCGGUUAGAUAGGAGAGGUUCGGCGAACCUGAGGGUGCCAGUACCUUCUAGGAGAACAUCAGACCUAGCAUCGCUUUGAAUAUCGCCAAAGUGUGAGGUGACCACGGUUUGAGAGGCCUAGUGUAGUCUCAACGAAAUAUUUAAGGACAUACGUGUACUUAUUCCCAAAGUUGAUGUGAUUUAUUUAGAAUCGUCGAUGUAUAAAUAAUUUUGUAUAGAAAAAUAUACGUACGUGUCGUGUUAGGUAUGAAUUUGUAUAUCCUGUGAAAAAUAAUACAGAAACUGUAAUGUAAUAUAAGUAUAACACACAAGAAACGCAGUUUUUUGUAUUAUUAUUUGCAAAUGAAGGAGUAGAUAAUUAAAUGUAUUAAAUCUGAUAGUAUUAAAUAACUAUCAAUUCUAAACCAAAGAUUUUAUUUUUUCUACUUUUGAAAAUAUUUUUGGUUUAGGAUCAGAAUUUCAGCACAAACGGACAUGUUUCCUUUAUCAUUUUUACGAAAUGAAUGUUUAACAUAAUGUUUUUAUUCUAAACUCACUCUAUGUUUUAAAUAUUGAACCUAUACAUUUUUAUUUUACCUGACCCAUUUAAGCAAAAUAUGUAGAUAAGUAAUUAAAAACUUAUAGAAAAAAUAUUAAAUGAGGCUAAAACGAACGAAGUCUACUUCAUCGAAGUUUUUCGUGAAACGAAAAAAUACAAACAAAAGCUCUGUAAGUAAUUAUAGAACGAAAAGGAUCAAAUUGUAAAUAUGUAGUCAUUAAUUAAAAUUUAACUCAUUAAUGCGUAUAUAUUUUUUUAUUUUUCUUCACGUAGUAAUUUUUUAUAUUUGUCUGUUAUUAAUUUUAUUUUUCUACUUUAUAUACCAUUUUUUACUUUUUCUCAUCUGAAUUUUAUUGAACAACAUAGUUAAAAAACAUUAUUGUAUGAUAGAAUCAUUCCAUAAAAGAACAUUUUAAAGUCAUUUUCUGAUAAAAUACAUAAUGUAGGCUGUUUUAUAUUUACGGGCCUAAAUAUAAGAUAUAACUAAUUUUAAAAGAGGCCAAAGUGUUGUAAAUAUUUAAUUAUUAGAUUUUAAUGUAAAAUUAAAUGAAAUAAAUUAUUGUUAGCUGUAAAAAGGCCGUAUAUAGGCCGUAGUUAAUUUAAGUAAAAUAAUUAUAAAAAUAUGAAUAAAUUUUCAUUUUUCAGUCCAGCAACUAAAUAUUGACUUUGGAAAUAGUAAUGUAAAUCGUACAGAAUAUAAUAAUAAUAAUUAAACAUUUUAAAACAAGGAAUAGGUUAUCUUGACUUAACGAAAUAUAGUCUAAAGUGUUAGGCAAAGUCAAUAAUUAGGUGUUUUCAUUUUUUCUUAAUAACCAUUUAGAAUAAAUAAGUUUCAUUUAAAAUACAAAACUUUUGUAAAUUAAUUUAACAACAAAACAUGAAUAAAUCGUACGUAAUAAUUAGACUUUUUGUAAAUAGUAUUUAUCGAAUAGUCAGUCUUGUAGAUAGAAAAUAGUCUUAAAAUAGUAUAAUAUCAGUCAUCUAGUAUUAAUAAUAACGAUUUUAUUUAAAUUAAAAUAGGAAGAUACUAUAAUGGGGACAAAUAACGCUUCAAUAGAGAAAAAAAGGAUUUUUAAUAUAAUUAUUAUUGAUGUGCUACGGUAAAUAACCAACCUGUUAGAUUUGAUGUGUUAGUGUUGUGUCAAAACUCAUCGAUUAAAUAUUUAUAGAUAAUUACUAACUUGAACUAAUAUUCAAGGCACUGUCCGCUUCCCAGUAUUGUAGACAUUUCCUCCAAAGGUUUUGAUUAUUUUGAAAUUAUUUUUUUAUUUUAAACUUCAGAUCUUUGAUUAUACUUUUUGAUUGGUGAAAAAAAAUCCUGUCUUAUCCUAACCUGUCUUGAUGUCCCACUUUGAUUAAUAUAACAACUGUUCAAGACAUUACACUUUUCACAAGUUAAAUACAAAUCGUGAAAGAAAUCUUGUAGGUAUUUGAUGAAAAAAGGUUUAGAUCUGUCCUUUUUUCGGAUUCAAUAGGAUUUUUACCACUAUUACAACAUUAAGUACACGGUAAAAUAUACCUGUCUGUUAUUUUUUUAUUUUGUCUGUUGAUAUCGAAAUCUGUAUUAUAGUCCACAGUGGAUACUUUUUGUUACCUCUUACGUCCAAAGAUAUUAAUAUAAUAAUAUUCAUUUCUGUCGUGUCAAUGUCCAUGUUAAUCACGUUAGCUUGUUUUUUCGCGUUCUCAUAAACUGUUGGGAAAUUGUUGUUUGAAAAGGAAAACGUAAUGUUUUGUUUCCUAAUAUAAGCCAAAUAUUGCUAUUUGUUUACAUGGAUUUUGAGUUUGUCGUUAAAAACACCUAUAAUAAAAUAGAAACUAGAAUUUAAUGUCAAAAUGUGAGCGACACUGUGGUCAUUCUAAUAAUUUAGGCAGAAAAAAUAAUGGUCAAAAUAAAUGAACCUGUUUUUGGUUUCAAACAACAAUUUCUAUAUUCGCUAUUGUAAAUUCAAUGUGUCUUCCUUUUGAAUAAGUAACAUAGGCUCAAAGUAUAUGUAAAAAAAUAGAAAAAGAAAAUUUUAGCAUGUAAAAUUUUUAGUAAACCAUAUACUAUAAUAUAGCCAAUUUUUAGUGUUUAUAGUAUGUGCGAAAUUGUAAAAUAGCACGUACGGGCUGUAAAUGUAAAAAAAGUAAUAAUAAAUGGUUGUGACUCCUAAUAGAUAUUACAACUAACUUUCUAACAAUAUUAAUCAUAUCUGAAAACUUACUUUCUUCAACUUAACCAGUUUUUUUUAAUUCUACUGUACAUAGUUUGGUAUAUAAAGUACAAUACCUACCAAAAAUACAUAAAUUCGUGUUGAUAAGUUAAAAUUGUUCUUCUCCUAUUUUUCUUUUCAAAUCCGUCCAUUAUUUUUUGUUUUGUUUUAAUCUGUUUUCCACUAGUUCGAAACCUAUUAGCUUGUUGUGAUUUCAGAAAAUAAAUGUGUUAGAAAUUUGUAGACGAAUAUCAAUGUGGAAUUUCAGAGAAUAAUGUACAUAAAAUCAAUGUUUGUCAGUUUUUAAAGUGUAGAUAUCUAAUAUUAAAACGUAUAUUAGUAUUUAUUUUACAAAAUAGUUGAAUCCACUAGAAUUUACAGUAAAAUAGAUAAAAAACAGCAAUAUUAUGUAAUUUAAAGAAACCAUUAUGUGUAAUAAUAAGUAGAUCUGUGUAUAGAAUAGAUUUCUUCAACGUGAAAUCUUUGCAUCUCAUAUAUUUAAUUUAUUACAUUUUCUAUGCAAAUGGUUGUUAGCAAAAUGUUUUUUAUAGUUUUUUUUUAGAAAUUAAUUGAUGUUUUAAACUCGUUUUAAUGAUUUGUCUGUUGUAUCCUACGAUACUGUGAUAGUAUAUCAUUGUUAGUGAAUUUAAAAUAAACGUCAUCACAAAUCCUAUUAUUUUGAUAUUCAUUAAAUCUAGUUUUAUCGAGAUUUUACUAAAAAAAUAUAUUUUUAAUUUAUUUUAUUAUGUAAAGUUGUAAAUAUUCUGUUUAUUGCCAUACGUGAUAAUAUAUAGAAAAAAUAAUAUUUAAAUUAAUUAAUGUAUUAUUAUUGCUAUUAUAAAAUUGUUUAAAUUAUUUAAAAAAUAAUGAUGCGUGGUGCGACUUUAACCUUUAGGUAUUUACCUAAUAUGUGCGUGUAAUCAAAUGCUUUUUGCAAAAAUAAACGAAAAUUGUUUCGUAUAUAAUA